AUGAGUUCAAUGCGUAGCGAUACCAUAUCCUAUGUCAUUAAAUUUAUUUUAUUUGUUAGGAAUGACCUGAAACUAAAAUGUAAUGGCAAGGAUCCAUCCAAUUUAAACAUUUAUUCAGUUGUAUCUAAAAAAAUUCAAAAUAUCUGGAUAAAAGCUUCCAUUCCAAUCGUAUCUAAUGAUCGAAUUUUACAACUCUUAAAAUCUUAUUUUGAAAAAUAUCUCACUUUGAAAAGAUAUCCCAAAAGCAAAAGACAUGAUAGUUUUGAGAAAAAACUGAAAUGUUUUUCAGAUUUAUCAAAGAGGCUUUUUGAUGUGGCUUCAUGUAAAUGUGUCUUAUUUGAAGCAUGUGUAUGUUUGAAAAAUAAAAAAGUUCCUGUUAACGAAAGACAAUUUUUGAUCGAUCAAAGAAAUGAGAGAAAAAUGGCUAUAGGUGGCAUCGAUAAACAAGAAACGGUCAGAUUGAGAAAACGACAGGCAAGACAAUUUAAACGUUCAAUGAAAGGAGUCAAAAAGUUUUGCUCAACACAAGGUUCUAAUAUUGUUUCAACAGCUUUGGAUGUAGACGAGACGCAUAUCAAUUUUUCCAAAACCAACCUGGCAACAGAAACACUUCUGACAAACCUGUCAUUUACAAAUACACCAACAACAACAUUCGCUAAUCGAAAUUUACUGCAGUUACCAACAUUGGCAAAAGUUUGUGAUAGAUAUCGAUUGUCUACACGAUCUGCUGCUGCUGUUGCUUCUGCCGUUUUAGUUGACGUAGGUCUGGUUUCAAAUGAAGACUCAACUCUAGUAAUAGACAAAAAUAAAGUUCACAGAGCUGUAUCAAAGGCCAGAAAAAAUAUAUUUCAAAAUAUUAGCGAAGUUUCACUAAACAGCAUUUAUUUUGAUGGUCGAAAAGACAAAACAACAAUUGUAGAUUCUGUAAUUGAGAGAAAUGCUUUUUAUGCACAUCCAGAAAACCUUCUUGUUAGUAUGUUAUUUGACGACAGAGACUAUAUUUGGGAACUAGCAUGUCGAAGAAUAAUAAAAGCUAGAAAUACUGACAAUGGUUUCAAACAGAGAAUAUUUAAAACACCGAAGCUUAACUUCUCUGCUAAAGAUUAUACUGAAAUUAUUUCGUGGCAGGAGUGUCAAGUUACAGUACCACCUGUGCUUCGGGAUUUUACUAAUGACGAACUCGAAAAGAUGGCACAAGAUGGAAGCCUUAAAAUUGUUGAUUUUCCUUGCCACACACAAUCAGUAGAGAGAUGUGUUAAACUGUUAACAGAAGCAUCACAGAGUGUGACUAAUGUUAAUUCGAGAGAUGGUUUCGUAAGAACCACGUUACAAAGUCGAGCUGAAUUUCCAAUUUUCGGACAUAAAAAUAAAUUCAAAUUUUAA